AUGGAUUCUUCGAAUCAGUCUUCCCAACAAGCCUCUACACAAACUUCUACGCCCAACACGGGCACUUCAAAUGCUGCCGUUGCAAGCUCAUCCACUCCUCUAACAAGCUCUAAGUAUACUUACUCCGAACAGAAAUUAAGUGACGACGAGGAAUUCAAACGAAAUACCAACUACAUGGGCAGUUGGAUCAAAAACCUCAACCACCCAGAUCAAUUUUCAUUGCCCAAGUCCUGA